AUGGAGAGUGUGGACCAAUUCCUGGACGACAACCCGGAACUCUUCGAAAGGGUGAGUGAGGACAAUGUCCAUGUUCCUCCCGAGCCAGAGAAACUCUACGACAUGACUUCGCUGCCCGAUCCACCCGCGGAUUUGAAAUUCUUCGGGAUGUGUGCCAGAGAUUUCAGCAUCGGCCGCCACAUCAUGAAGGAGAACUGUCUUGCGUUAGCCAAGUUUUGGUUCUGGGGAAUUCGAUUCGACAUGUACCUCCGCCCGUCCGGCACCAAAAUCAUCAAGGCCUUGUGGAAACUGUUUUACUAUAUGGCAGAUGAGCAUCGUCCACGCAACUGGGCGGAGGUUUUUGAUUUUACUCGUGAUUCUGGCCCCCGUUUGUUCAGAUAUACCACUAAUCCUUGUCCUUUCCCCUACAGCCAACACCAUCGAGAGCUCCCAAGCCUCAAGGGAGCUACUGGACCGGGCUUUCAUCGACCUGCAGAUGCACCGUCUGUCUUACCAGACAUUUACAUCGAGCGAUUUCUACUUCCAGCUGUCUCGAAGAAGAGAAAGAUGUCACGCUGCACUCAACCCCCGGGAUUCACCCAGAGAGAAACCCGGGCAGCCAAGAGACGCAGAACACGACCGUCGCCUUCGCCCGAUUCAACACGUAACCGCGCCGGUAGGUCCACUCAUGUUUCUAACAACUGUGUUCAGAUACCUCCGUUACCCGACGUUGGCGAGACCGGCUUCGACAGUCCAAGUCCUGAUCCAAGGACGGUUCUACCGGUUACUCUCACCAAUGGAAUACUGCUGCCGACAACUAUCCCGACAACCGUACCAACAGCUCUUUCAGCAGACCUUCCAGCAGCUUUGUCUAGAACAUUACCUGGAGGUUUGCCUGGUGUUCAAAUGCAGGCUGUGACCGAAGCAGUGGAGCGCGCAGUGAUGAAAUUCGCAUACUCCGAACUUGAACGGGAUCCCAGCGCUCCAGCUCGAGCACCUUUCCCUACCAGAACGGCCUGUGACAAGGACACCCUGCGCCUUAUGCAGGUUGCAACGUUUCCCGCCACCAGAACCGUGAGGUUGAUGCCCCCUGAGCUUCUCUUCGACCCGAACGGUCUCACCUAUCCGUAUCGCGGGCGGGGACCGGUCUGGAAUGGCGGCUCCUGUGCUAUCGACGCCGCGAUCACGUUGGGCAUCCUCGCCGACGCUGGAUGCACUGUUGCAGAUCGCAAAGGUGAUUGGCAAUCACAAUUCACCACACUGGAGAAAGCUUUCAUUGAAGCCUGCAAUAUGAACUGGGAUGUCUACGAUGAUUAUACAUCUAUUGACCUUCGCGACGCCUUUUGGAAGAAGCUGGUCUCCAUUGUCCCCAGUCUCACUAUUGGAGCUCCUACCCCUGUCUGGGUUGUUUGGGCGGAAUCAACAAGGAACUUUGCCCAGUUUCAAUUCAACUUCACCGAGCUAUUGACUCCGUGUUCAUGUCAGGGCCUGGCCCCAAUAUCCACAGACAGGAUAGGCCAAUGCAUGUAUCCUAUAUCCCAGCCCUUAGAUCAGUACGGUGUUACUGUGUCGGAAAUUAUCGAGCGCUCUACCUAUGGGCCCAAGCACAGUGGACCAUGUCCAGACUGUGGAUCACCAACGGGAGACACCAAGGUCAAACUGUUCAAGGACCUUCCCCUGCGACUGGUGAUGAGUUUCGGCAUUGAUAUCAAGCUGAUCUCCCACACUAAGGCUGUUGCCUUUCGGUAUGUGAACGAGCACGGAAACCACCAGGUAGCCACCUAUCGUUGGCUCGGCGGCGUCUACUACAAAGAUCACCAUGUCCGAGUUUACUGGACAGAUGCCGAACGAGGUGAAGAGGAUACCGGCAACAUUCGCAUCUACGACGGCCAAGACAACUCAGGCGUCAUUGUGGGUGACAUCCCGCCUUUCCACAGGGACUCUCGUGUGCCCCAAGAUUGGUUGCGUGAGGGUCUGCCGAUUGUCCUUUACGAGCGGGUCAUGAAUCCUUCCGAUGACGUCCUCAACGUGGCUUCCCAGACCGUUACCAAUAUGAUGAGUACUUCGAUGCAGAACAAACCGAUCCUGACAGAGCACACCCCCUGGCGCAGAGCACCGGAACCUUCUUCCUCGGCUGGCCUUGAUCCAUGGCCGCGCAUUCUGCCUCGCACCGGUGAGAACUACUAUGAGGCUCGGUACACUGGACUGUCCCCCAUCCUCAUCCCAGAUCCCAAUUCACCCCUCGAUGGAGACUUAGCCACUCUGCUGCUGAACGCUGCAGAAUCCAUAUCAGCUCAACAACCCACGACGUCCCCGGCCGAUGAUGCCAUGUUGCUUGAUGUUAACAAUCCUGAUGAUGCUAUGCCUGACGCGAAUAGUUCUCCUCUGCAGCAGAAAAUCCAAAGCCCCAACAUGUUCGACUCGAUCCUCGACGACCCAUCAUCCUUCCUCGCCAACCACCCCGACCUGUGGCCCGAUGGUGUUCCAGGUGAUGAUGGUCUGAGUCUGGUGAACUUUCCUGAGCUGGCGCAGUCGCCGAAGGAUGUUCACACGUCACCCUCGAAUGCUCCGACGCCCUACUUCUCACCUAGUCAGUUUUUAGACUUGCCCUCAUCCUCGAAUCCGUCCUCGAAUGUGUCCAUGGCCGAUAUCCCGGAAUAUAUUAACGUCAGCCACGAUUGCUCCGCUCCCUACGAGCCUGCUCGCGUGUACAUUAUCCAGUCGGAUCAGUCGCAUCGCAGUCCUCCUAGGGCUGGGGCCCAAAAGAAGCAAAUCACCAGGUCCACCGGUAAGUCCACCGGUAAGCCCAAGGGCAUCUCCAAGACCCAGGCCAAACCCAAAAGGCGGUCGCAGCGGGUCACCAAGUGA